AUGGCAGAUACGAAUAUAUCGCGAAACAAGAGAAGAAGAAUGCGAGAGAAGGAUCGCAUGAUUAUGCUGAACGAGGAGCUAGUUAAUUUGAGACAACAAAUGGCUGCAUUGAAAGAAGGAAGCAAUCGCUCGUCUACAGAGAUGGCAGAAUUGCGAUGCACUAACAAGAAACUUCUUGACAGUCUUCAUACCGAAAAACAAAGUUGUCAAGCACCAAGACAAGAAUCUGAGGAACUGGCUGCCCCUCUUGAAGAAAUGGAUGCAUAUAUUUGCCAGUCAUCUACGACAAAGCAUUGCACAUCAUUCAAAGACAAGGAGUCUGAAACGGAUGUUGAAUCUCAAACCGAUCUUCAGAUUUCCAACGACGAUGCAAAUGAAAAAGAAGAUUUGAAGGAAGAAAAUAGUAGCCUCAAGGAAAUAAUCAAGGAGUUACAAAAGCAACUCGCUGACGAGAGAAAGAUGAACGAAAAUAACAAGAUACAAAUUGAGUCUUUGAAAGGCAAAGCUAAAACGUUUGAAGACCAUUCUACCCUUCUGGCUUACGAGCUCCACGAAAUGACGGUGGAUAGAAACUCUUUGCUGAAUGCGCUGGAAGGCAAGCAGGAAAAGAUCAAGACCAUUCAAUCAAAAAACAAGGCAAAAAUUAAAAAGAUGGCUGAUCAACAUGAAGUAAAACUCUACGAUGAGCAGGUCAAGAGUUAUCAACUGCGUGUGCAAAACAAGAAUCUCAAAGCUGAACUCGAUCAAGUGAAGAGCCAGCUGGAAGAUCAGAAGCUACAAUUGACAGUGACAACUUUUCUAAAUGACAUUGUCAAUGAUGUAGAAGGCCUCGUUAAACAGAAGGAAAGUGCGUCACUAAGAGAUCAUAUUCAGCAGCUGCAGUUUGAACUUGCUCAGGCAGAAAACGUGAAGAGGCUUCAACAACACAAAGAGGAGCAGGGAGCAGAGGAAUAUCAGAAGCUUUUUGGCCAAUAUCAAAUUCUUAAACAGCAGAACGGACGGCUUGAAGAAGACAACACACGGCUCAGGAAGAGAGUACUUGUAAUGCGCAAGGAAAACACCGAGGCCCACGAAAAGUUCUUGGAAGAGCAAACUGACCGAAUCAAUGCGAAGAUGUCGUUCGUGGCACAAAUAAAGCAGCUUGAAGAGAACUGUACCAGUUUAAAAGAGGCGAAUGCAACCCUAUCUAAAGAUGGCCAACGUUUAAAGCACGCUUUCGAGAGAAAGAAUAAAGACAACGAUGGACUGAUGGAAGUCAUCGAAGAGCUUAUGGAAAGAGUUGAGGAGAAAGAAAAUAUCAUUGAAGAACUUCAAGCAAAGAAGCACAGAGGAUGUUUACGAAGAUUGGUUUGCUGGAAAUGAUCAGGAUGGGAAGAGGAACUCUUCUUAUCCGAAAUCAAUUGUAUUUGUGUUGCGGGAACAUUUUGACAUAGUCAUUCUGCUUUUUUGUAAAUAUUGAAUCGGUUUUAAUGAUAUUGCUAUUGCAUAAAAAUCAGUUUUUUAUGACAGUAGUUUCUACGUUUUGGACACGAUACGAAAAAGCCAUGCAUGGUGUUUAUAGAGAAGAUUUGAUUUUGGCACUCACUGUUCUAAAUGAAACAUUAAAUGACAGGCAUGUUUGAAAAUGGAUACCAGGAAAUACCAAAUCGGUCAUUAUCCUCUAAAGUUGUCUUUUUCGUUUCAAUUCAUGAAUAUUUAGGAAAUAUCAAAAUUUUCGGUACCAGUAUCUCAGAAACAAUAUUAUCUUGCAGCAAU